CUUCUCCUGGGGUGUUGAGAGCAGAGGCCUCAGACUCUCAGCAGGUGAAUGCCGUCCUAGCUGCCUGGAGAGCUGUGUUGGGCUCACUAGGGAAGCCCUGAGAAGGAAGGAGGAUCUGCGUCACUUGCACAAGACCAAGCAGAGAUGCAAGCCCCGCUGCUCACACCCCUUCUCCUGCUGGUGACAGUUUCUGCUCUUCAUCUGGAGAAUGAUGCCUGCCUCUUGAAAAGCCUGCAGUUGAAGGAAGACCAGGGCCAGGACCUGGGAGAGGGCUCAGGGGAGCAGAAAGGAGAGUUGUUCCUGACCAAGGAGGAGAUUCAGUCAAUGGAAGAGGAGGACCAAGAUGCCUUUGAAGACCAAGAGCCCAUGGAAUCAUCAGAUCUGGUCAUCUUAGAUGACAAAUUGCAAUGUCCCAAGGAAGAGGACACAGUUCUUGUGCAGGGAAAUGUUGGAUGUAAGACUUGCCGCUACGUGUUGGUGAAAGUCAACAAGACUUUUAAACAAGCUGAGGCAGUCUGCAAGAAUUGCUAUCGCGGCAACCUGGUCUCAAUCCACAACUACAACAUCAAUCGUUUUAUUUACCGCAUGGCCAGUAAGAGCAACCAGGCCCAAGUUUGGACUGGAGGUUACACCAAGUGCUGGAUCCUGUGGAAGAAAUUUCGCUGGAUAGAUGGGAGCUCCUGGAAUUAUUCCAACUGGGCCAGUGCGAAAGGGUCAGGCCGAUGUGUGGCCAUGCGCACCAUAGACGGUCGCUGGCAACAGGCUUCAUGCUCCAGGAAGAUGCCCUUUGUCUGCUUGUCCUAGGCCGGUGGCCUCAGGAUAUGGAACCACCUCAAGCCUUCUCCUUUCACACUUCCGGCAGCCCUGUUUCACCCUUGACCCAGGACUGCGUCUCCCAGCCUCUCUUGGUAAUAAAUGUUGACUGCCCAU